AUGCUUUGCUCCGCAUCACAACGAGCACAUAAGCACAAAAAUGACCAAGGAAAUAACAAAAUUGAUGGGUCUAAUGUCCAGAACAGGCCAGGAAGUCGGAGUACCCUAGUAGCUUCCCUAUUCAGCGAGGAAGAUGAGUAUGGUGAAGAGGAUGGACCAAUUAUGAAUUCGUUGUUCACUCAAUUUCUUGCCGAUUCCGAGACGCAACUCAUUCUCGACAUGGAUUUUUUCAAGCAUUUCUUCAGUUACGCGGAAGCCUACAGAGAUGGCGCUGAAGAAGGAAACCUAGAUCUAAUGCGAUAUGUGGUAACAAUCGUCAACAAGCUUAAGGAAUUCGAUGUAUCUUCAGCAUGUCUUUCGGAUAUUAUGCACUAUGCUUUGACUGCAGUAGAGUACGCCACUCAUGUCGAUGAGCACCGGAACUGCACGGACUGCAAGUGCACUCCGUUCUUUCAACAGAAAAAGAAUGAGCGACAGUGGAUCUUCAAUGGAAACAAUGAACAAGAGAGAUGGGAUUACUGGACGCAAUGGGAAAAGUACCAUCGGGGAUCACUGCUGGCAAUAACCUAUGGAUUGGAUCGUGGAAUACUUGCAGAAAGAUCAGAGUUGUUAAGAAUAGCCAAGGAGAAAGAAAAAUACGAAGCAACUAUUAACAAUUCUAGGCAGUUGUGGAAGGGAAUGUACUGUCUAGCUCACCUGGAGGCAUACGAAAGGAACAACCCGCUGAAAGCGCUUAAUCAGGCCGGACGUGUAGAUGCCCAUUGCUACAAGGAAACAAAUUCAAGUCUGCCUGAAGACGAUGACGCUAAAUGCUUUAGUCUGAUUCCUAUGCUGAAUUUUGCCGUCCGCUUGGCAGAAAGUGCAGCUGGAAGGGAAGCUGUCUGUGAUGUGGAAGUUGAAUGCCGAAAUGAGAGCAAAGAAAACUCAAUGAGCAGCAGCUCACUGGCUAUGGCUGCUCUUUACUUCUUGACUUACACUAUCAUCAUGAUGGUCUUCGGAACCCUCUACGAUCUGUUCAUCUACCAGAAGGAAAAUGACAAUAUUCUCACUGCUAGGAGGAAUAAUCGUGAGUUGACAAUUAAUCUUCGAUACCUAGAUUGGUUUCUGCGAAUGAUUUUGGCGUAUUCGGUUUAUACGAAUGGCUUGGAAGUUCUACAAACAUCGAAAAAGGAGGGUGAAGUCGACUGCCUUCAUGGUAUUCGUUUUCUCAGCAUGUGCUGGAUAAUUUUGGGCCACACCUACUAUUAUAUUGGAACCAGUCUUACAACAGAUCAGCCAAAGAGUAUUCUCAUCAAUGAGAACAACUCGAAGCAGAUUGAAGCAGAUCUGUAUUCAACGGAUAACCUAAUUCCAACCCUGGUAAAUUUUCCGAAAAGCUUCUAUACGCAAAUAAUCGUACAAGCGCCUUUGGCAGUCGACUCGUUUUUCCUGCUCAGGUUCGUAUUUCAAAAAAAAUUCGCUUUUUUGAGAUGCAGAAUUUUCAACCUGAGAUUUUCCUUUGUUAUCUUUUCGAUUGGCAAAUCCUUCUGGAAUCAGAAUGAAAGAGAUAACACCAUUCUUUUUUACUUUUAUUUCUACACUUUCAGUGGUUUGCUGGCUUCAUAUAUUUUUUUCAAGAAACUCAUCAAAGACAAGACUAUCCGAAGUGCAACAAACCCACUUAUGUGGCUAAUCAUUUACAUAAAACGCUAUACGAGGAUCACUCCUACUUAUGCCGUUAUCAUGCUUUUUGAUGUGACAUUGUUCACCUACGUCUCAUCUGGUCCUUUCUGGAGACCAAUUGAGAAGCAGGGAUGUCGCAUUUCGUGGUGGACGAACUUUCUCUACAUGAACAAUUUCUUACUACAAGAUAAAGAAUGUGUUAGUACUUUUCCAUCAUAUUUUCCAAGAAAAUAG